GAGGGGUAGAAGCGGGGCCCCGGCCGGGGAGGCGCAGAGGCACCACGCGCCGGAGGCUGCGGCGGAGCGACGCGCGCGAGCGACGGGCGGGCGAGACGGGCGAGCGAGACGGGCGAGCGCGGAGCCGUCUCGGGCAGCCAGCCCGCCGCGGGUCGGCGCCAUGGCCGGUGGCCCUGAACCAUACAUUGAAAUAUGCGAGCAGCCCAGGCAGCGGGGAAUGCGCUUCCGGUAUAAAUGCGAAGGCAGGUCAGCUGGCAGCAUCCCAGGAGAACGUAGCACUGAUAUCAACCGGACUUUUCCAUCAAUACAGAUUGUUAACUAUUUUGAGAAAGUAAAAAUCAGAAUAACACUGGUAACCAAGAAUGAACCGUACAGGCCUCACCCACACCGGCUGGUUGGAAAAGACUGUGAAAACGGUUACCAUGAAGCCGAAUUUGGACCGGAACGCAGAAUUCUGACUUUUCAGAAUUUGGGCAUCCAGUGUGUGAAGAAAAGAGAGCUGAAGGAGUCCAUCAUCUCUCGCAUUGGGAAGAAGAUCAACCCCUUUGGUGUACCGGAGGAGCAGCUGUUGGCCAUCGAGGAAUACGACCUCAACGUCGUGAGACUCUGCUUCCAGGCCUUCAUUUGCGACGAACAUGGCAACUGCACGAUCCCUCUUCAUCCAGUCGUCUCCAACCCGAUCUAUGACAACCGUGCCCCCAAUUCAGCAGAACUGAGAAUCUGCCGUGUGAACAAGAAUUGCGGAAGUGUGAAAGGUGGAGAUGAAAUUUUCCUCCUCUGCGACAAGGUUCAGAAAGAUGACAUUGAAGUGAGAUUUUUCAUGAAUGACUGGGAAGCCAAGGGGGUCUUCUCACAAGCUGAUGUGCAUCGUCAAGUCGCCAUCGUCUUUAGGACGCCUCCCUUUCACAAAGACAUCUUUGAACCCGUGACUGUGAAGAUGCAGCUGCGGAGACCCUCAGAUCAAGAAGUCAGUGACCCUAUGGACUUUAGAUACCUACCUGAGGAAAAAGACCCAUAUGGCCAUAAAGCGAAAAAACAGAGGCCGCCCACGGGCUUACAGAAACUCAUGCAAGACUGCGGUCCAUUUGAGAAGCCUAAAGCUGCUGCGUUCCAGACUUCUGCCAAUGAGGGAAAGAUAAUUAAGAAAGAACCAAACAUGUAUCACGCUCAAACUGAGGUUGUCAUCCCGCCACAGAGGACCGUGGUGAACACCGCUCCGGUCCAGUCGUAUUAUCCCACUUCCAUCAACAACAUCAGUCCCAGUGGACGCCCAACUCCUCCUUUACAGAUGACGGGCCCCAUGAAGCAGGAUGGAGCUCUCUCGGCAUGCUGGCGUUCCUCACCUUCGACCCUCGGUGAUUUCCUGCACCAAGGCAACUGCUUGGGAGAUGCAUUGCAUCUCAACAUGCAAAAUGGCGGCUCUUCAAUGGUGGAGCAGGAAAAUAGCCUGAAUUGGCCCAGUCAAAAGGACAGGAACUUCUACAGAGCUUUCCUCAAUGCAGCCAAUGGCCAAGGGACAGCAUUAUCAUCAACACCAUCACUGUCCAUCUCUCAUCAAGACAUGCAGAGCGUCUCCAGCACAGUCCCCAGCCAGGCUGUUCCUCCUGCAAAUGUGUCAAUGCCCAACGGCAUCUGCAUGGAGAUGGAAGACACCAGGUGUGCAAGCGUAAACCUGGAAAAGGCAUCCUUCGCACAGGUUCUAAAUCCAGGAGACAAGAGGCAGGUGCAGCCAGCACUGCUUCCCGUUACAUCAAUAGCUCCCACUUGCAGCUCGUCUUUGAAUUCCAUGUCCAGCGGUUUGGAGACAAUUUCCUUCCAUUAUCUGGAUAACUUCCAUGAAUUGAGACCACCAAGCAACUCUGCUUUUGAGAACCCAAACCAUACAUCCCAUAACCAGUUCUUCAACCCAUACAGCAGCCAAGAUGAAGAGUUUCUCAACUCUUUCGAAUACUGAUGAAACCACGAUAGAACGCUUCAUAGACUAUUACUCUGGUACCCAAUUCCUAUCAGUGGGAGAAUUAGUUUUCCCCACGACUUCUGAAAAGAACUCUUAUUUCAUCUCAGGGAAUCAGCAUGUAGAGAAAUUUAAACAAUACCACAACAAUUUUAGGAUCACCGAUAGAAGAACUCAUUAGGGUCGAAUAGUUUCUCAAUUUUAAUCUGCAAAAAGCAAUAUUGCAAUUACUUGUGUUUAUGUUCUUGCACUGCUGCAAUAAGUUAGUGCAGAGACAUUAUUUAAUUUUUAAAUAGUCUUUUGCGGCAUGUUCCAUAACAGAUGCUUGGCUAAAAUGCUUUUAGCUGAAGCAACGAACACUGAAAAAUUUUGUUUGUUUCCCGGCCUUUCCAGGGAAGACAGUUCCAGAUGAAAUAGACCCAAGGCAAGACAAACCAAAUAUAUAUAUGCUAUUUAAAGGUAUAAAAAGUGUCACCCACUUCACAGCUAUGAUGCACAAUUGGCAUUUAUGAUUUAAAACUCUCAAUAUAAGACGAUGCAUUCGCACAGGAAGGUCUAGCAAUUGCUUGCGUGUGUAUGGUUCGUUGCAUAAGUACCGAUGUAAAUUCUACAGCACUUUUUAAAAGUGAGUAUUACUGCACAAGAAGUGAGCUAGUUAUGCACAUCCAUUUUGGUGGAAUUGCAGGUGAAAAGGAGCCCCUUUUAAAGCAGUGUUUAGUUCUGAUCUGGUUGUGGGUUGGAUAGUUGGGAGUGCACACCAUACAUUCUUACGAAAAUGGUAUUAUUGCAUGAAUGUCUCAAAAGAGGCAUUCUCUGCUCGCCUUUCAACAGGAAUGCCUCUUUUAAAACGCCUCUUGCUACGCUGUGUGCAGAGCCCAAGUCUUGCCGCUUAAACCCAGACAUGUCUGGACAAAGCCAAGCCAAUCAAGAAAAGAUUUAUUAAUACAGCUUUAAAAAGGGGCAGCCUAGCACAAUUCUGCGCCCAAACAUCACAAGCCAAAGUCUCUUGGCAGUUACGGAAAGCAGCAGGGUCUAAUCAUUCCCAGCAGGUCCCCGUCUGCUGAGUGGGUCUCACUCCCUUGAAAAAAGGCAUAGUCUCUGUUACUCCUUGCAAAGAGACUCUUCAUGUCCAGGGCAAGGUUAAUGCAGCAUCCUGCUUCUCCCAGAAGGCAAGAAAAUAAUUACACUUCUCCACAUCUAAGAACAACCUCCUAGUUCUCUAUUGAAGCCACUCUCAUUCCCUCCAGAAGACCUUUUAUGUCUACAUCUACUCCCAUUUCAACCCAUACUCAGUCCAAAUUGAGGCUUUCCAAAGCAGGUUGGUCGAAAGGUCGCCAGUUCGAAUCUGCACAACGGGGUGAGUUCCCGUUGCUCCGUCCCAGCUCCUGCCCACCUUGCAGUUCGAAAGCAUGCAAAUGCAAGUGGAUAGAAAGGUACCACUUCGG